AUGAUCUUCCCAAUGAUACCCCAAUUCCUCCUUUCUCUGGCCUUAACGGCACUCAUCCGGCCGGUCACAGCGGCCGAUUCCUCAUCCUGCACAAGCGUAACAAUAACCUCCCAAGCCGACGCCGACUCCGCAUUCCAAGACUGCCAGGACAUAAAAGGCAGCGUCACAAUCUCCUCCUCAGCAGCCGGAACGCUCAAUCUCGAGAACCUGCAAAGCGUCAGCGAGGACCUGAAAGUCGAAGACACAGGCCUGGUCGGACUCACAGCAUCAGACCUGCAAGAUGUCGGCGGCGCAGUCAAGGUCACGGGCAAUGAUCAGCUGAAUCGCCUGGAGCUCGAUGAUGCGCAGACGGUGGGAGGCGAUCUAACAGUGCAGGACAAUAAAGCACUUUCGGGUUUGACCAUGGAUAAUCUCCAGACUGUGCGCGGGAAGAUGGACCUGGAUGGGGGGUUUAAUACCCUUUCGUUCGACAAUCUCGAACGCGUCAACGGCGAAUCCUCUAUCGUCUCAACAGGCUCAGCAGGGUGCAGCGGCAUCGACAGGCAGAAUGCCGAGGAAGGCGACAACGACAGCGACGUCUUCAGGGGCUCAUAUUCCUGCGCGACCACCACGGCCUCGCCGUCAUCAAGCGCGUCUCCGACCGACGACGACUCCGGCUCCGGCUCUGGUAUUAGCGGCGGCGCAAUCGCGGGAAUUGUUAUCGGUGUUGUUGUCGCGGUCAUCAUUGCGCUUAUCCUCCUGUGGCUUUGCCUUCGCCAGCGGAGGAAGAAUCGCGCUGGUGCAGCCGGUGCAGCCGGUGCAGGCAUUGCGGCUUUGAAAGAUGCAGAGAAACAACAACCUCCCAGCCAAAGCCAAACGGCCAGCACGGUCUCAGGCAACGGCAACGGCGGCGGCAACGGUCCUGGCGCACCCAUCGCUGCAGCAGCGAUAGGCCGAUCCACCUCUGAUACUGAAAGAGGCAUCACGGGGGCAGCAGGGACAAUCCCACGCCGGCCCGUGUCAACAGCCUUCUCAACAACAACAGCAGGACUCACAUCCUCCACCUCGCCAUCAUCCACAGAUCCGUCCUCUGGCCUCCCGUCAUCCCUAACUGCCGGCUCGGCGGUGGCAUCCUCAAUGCCUGUCCCCACGUCUCUGAUUCCAGGGACGAAUGGGCCUGGGAACCGCAAUACGAUUAGCGAGGGGGAUGCGCUGUUCUUUAACGCGGGUCGGAAUGUGCCGAGGCGUCGACCGUCCGAGUCGGAUGUGCCGAUGUUGGAUAGCGGGGACGUGCAUGAGGUCCCUGCGGUUUCGGUGGGGGAGCAGGAGGGGAUGAGGAGUGGGGAGAGGGUUGUGGGCGAGGGGGCAGUGUUUGAGCUUGAUGGGGGGUUUGGGGGGGCGAGGCAUCAGAGGGCGAUUCAUGCGGAGGAUGGCAGUAACACUGCAGGUGGGUGA